AUGUCAGUGUAUUCAGAAGUCAGUCCUCCACCAAGACAAUUAUUCUCAUGUUCCAAUAACUACUCUAUGGAUAAAGCACUUCUUACUAGAAUAAAACAAGAAGUUGAGAAUUCCAUGACAUUAACUAAAAAGCUACCAGAAAUAUAUGACUUUGACAGUGAAUAUUUGACAUCAAAUAAUACAUCAAAAAUUUCUUUAUAA